AUGUUCGGAUUUCACCGGGCUUAUAUGUUGGUGAAAAAUUGGAACACAAACCCAUGCUCUAAAGUCCAACUAUAUCAGUUAUGUGCAGGAACCAUAAAUUCAAGUAUUGAAACUUUCAAGUCUGUUGAUAAGAAGUAUCAUGUUACUGAUAUCACGAAAUCAGUUGCAGCGGCUACAGAGGAGAGUCCUUAUGCUGAUAUUUUUCUAUUGGAAAUUGAUCUUAGCUCUCUUGCUUCUGUACAUAGAUUUUGGAAGCAGAGAAAAGAGGCUUCUCAGCUUCAGACUGUGAACAAGAAACUAGCGGCAAUGAACAAGUUAUUGACGGAGGAAAAUGAUCGGUUGUAG